AUGGCGCUGGCGGCGGCGGUGGGGCUGGGGGUCCUGGGGGCGCUCCUGGCGGGGCUCCCGGGGGGGCCGCUGGCCGCGGGGGUGCUGGGGGCGCUGCUGGCACUGCAGCGGCGGCUGCGGCCGCACCUCUGGGCCGACAUGGCGUUCGCGCUGCGGGCGCUGCGACCGCUGGGGCGGGCGGCGCGGAGCGUGGCGCGGGUGGCGAACGCGCUGCGGGCGCUGCGGGCCCCGCCGCGGCCCGGAGACACCGUGGGGCUGCUGGUGGGCAACGAGCCCCGCUUCGUGUGGGGCUGGUUCGGGCUGGCGGCGCUCGGGGCCCGCCCGGCCUUCCUGGGCACGGCGCUGCGCCCCGCGGGGCUCCGGCACUGCCUGCGCGGCUGUGGGGCGCGGGCGCUGCUGGUGGCGGACGACCUGUUCGGGUCGGUGGAGCCGCUCCUGCCCAGCCUGCGGGAGGACGGCGUGGCCGUGUGGGUGCUGGGAGCGGGGCCGUACCCGCCCGGCGUCGUGGCGCUGCAAGAGCUGCUGGACGCGGCCUCCGAGGAGCUGGAGCCCGAGGACGUGUGGGAGCCCGAGGACAUGAACGACACCUGCCUCUACAUCUUCACCUCGGGCACCACCGGCCUCCCCAAAGCCGCCCGCGUGUCCCACCUCAAGUCCAUCAUGUGCCUGAGCUUCUACGAUCUGGUGGGAGCCUCCAGCCAGGACGUCGUGUACCUGGCGCUGCCCCUCUACCACAUGGCCGGGUCCCUGCUGGGCAUCGUCGGCUGCCUCGGCAUCGGGGCCACGUGUGUGCUGAAGGAGAAGUUCUCAGCCAGCCAGUUCUGGGACGACUGCCGCGCCGAGGGCGUCACCGUCUUCCAGUACAUCGGGGAGCUGUGCCGGUACCUGGUGAACCAGCCCCAGCGCCCUGGGGAGCGGCAGCACGGGCUGAGGCUGGCAGUGGGCAGCGGCCUCCGCCCUGACGUCUGGCGGAGCUUCCAGCAGCGCUUCGGGCCCGUGCGCAUCGUUGAGACGUACGGGAUGAGCGAGGGCAACGUCACCCUCUUCAACUACACUGGCACGCCGGGGGCCGUGGGGCGCUGCAGCUUCAUCUACAAGCUCUUCUCGCCCUUUGAGGUCGUUCGUUACGACGUCGCGGCCGGAGCGCCGGAACGGGACAAGGCCGGACGCUGCAUCCGUGCCAGGACGGGUGAGACGGGGCUGCUGAUUGCCCCAGUGACGCGCCGGACGCCGUUCCUGGGCUACGCCGGCAGCCGGGAGCUGUCGGAGCAGAAGCUGCUCCACGGCGUCUUCGCCGAGGGGGACGAGUUCUUCAACACCGGGGACCUGGUGGAGCAGGACGAGGAGCAGUUUGUGCGCUUCCGGGACCGCAUUGGGGACACCUUCAGGUGGAAAGGCGAGAACGUGGCCACCACAGAGGUGGCCGAGGCGCUGCUGGCCCACGAGUCCCUGCAGGAAGCCACCGUUUACGGCGUCACCGUCCCAGGCCACGAGGGCCGUGCCGGGAUGGCCGCGCUCGUUCUGCGUCCCGGCCGCUCCCUGGACGGUCCCGGCCUCUACCGGCACCUGGAGCAGCUGCUCCCGCCAUACGCGCGGCCACGCUUCCUCCGCCUGCAGGAGCGGCUGGAGAUGACGGAGACCUUCAAGCAGCAGAAGGUGCGGCUGGCACGGGACGGUUGUGACCCCGCGCUGGUGCCAGAGCCGCUCUUUGUGCUGGACGAGGCCGCCCGAGCCUUCGUCCCGCUGGACGCUGAGCGCUGGCAGCGGCUCCGGGACGGGCAGAUCCGCAUCUGAGCCUGUCCGGAGCGGCCCGGGCCCGGCCCCGGCAGCGGCGGCCGUGGGGGUCCCAUGUCCAUCUCGGGAGUCCCAAAAUCUACCCCGAGGGUCCCAAAAUCCAUCCCGUGGGUCCCAAAAUCCAUCCUGGGGUCCCCUUGUCCAUCCCGGGGGACCCCGUGUCCAUUCUGGGGGUCCCAAAAUCCACCCCGAGGGUCACAAAAUCCAUCCCGGGGGUCCCGUGUCCAUUCUGUGCCCCCACGGGUGUCCUGGAAGUCCCCGGGUGUGUCCUGGGGGGGGUCCGCCGUGUCCGUCCUGCCGUGCCUGAGCACCCCGUGUCCACCCCGAGGGUCCCAAAAUCCAUCCCGGGGGUCCCGAAGUCCAUCCGGGGGUCCCAAAAUCCAUCCUGGGGGUCCCCAAGUCCAUCCAGGGGUCCCAAAAUUCAUCCUGGGGGUCCCCAAGUCCAUCCUGUCCCCUCCGUGUCCCCCCCCCCCAUGUCCCCAAGCACCUCCCAGUUCCUCACGUCCCCCCCCAAGCCCGUGUCCCAUCUCGGGGGUCCCUGUCCCUCCCCCCCUGUCCCCCCCCCAGCCGCCGGUGCCUCCCCCCCCCACCCCGGGGGCUCUUUGUACACAAAAAAUCCCCAUUUUGGGGACUUUUUUUGGCAAAUAAAACUCUUUUGUAGCAAAUCUGGUCCCUGCCACCCCCAGAUUGGGGACAGGGACACCAAAGCCAUGUCCCCAUGUCCUGGAGGUUUCUUGCGGGGGAGGGAAUUUGAGGGGCCCUAUUUGGAUUUGAGGUCGCCCCCUCCCAAUUUGCCAAACGAUUUCUCUCUUAAUUAAAUAAUUAUUACUGAGG